AUUCUCGUUUCCCGUCAGGCUCAGCGAACUGACUGUUGCUAAGAGACGGGCGGCCGGAAACGCGCGAACUUCGAGCCCCGAACGGAGAGACAGCGGCCGGUUUAUCCCGGAUGUGCUUAUCAUUCUUCUGGGAGGGUAAAGCAAUCAUGAUCAGCACGGACACAGCACAAGCUCACACGGCCAUGAAGGGCAGCGCUGCUGUAUUUUCAAACCAAGGCAAUCCCUUCCCCAGCCAAACUCGAAGUAAGACGCACUAUCGCCCUUCGAAUUCCCAGCUGCUGUCUGCAGAACACAAGAAUAUUGUUCUCAGCCCAGAUCGCAUCCGAAUGUUGCCUGCCUUUCUGUCUGACCCUCUGAGCCCUCCUGAUCUGAACUUCCUUCAGGGUUCUCAGCAGUUGGUGCCAGGCCCUCCUGCAUCUGACUCCUCUGAACCUUUUAAUGAAUCCUGGCCAUCCACUGAAGGCAGCUCUUCCAAGACCCCAGAGCGAGAUGGACCGUUCUCCUCAGACAUGCCUCACUCUGAUUCUGUGAUUGCAAAGUAUAUUGCAAGGUUUCGCAGUGGCCUUCCCACAAGCCGUGUGGAACGUUCUCCACCAAAGGUGGACAUGAAAGAAUUCUGGUGGCUUCAGACAUCACCUGACAGCCCCGACACACAGAGGUGCCAAACAGAGCCAGGUGUGAAAGCAAAAUUUGGAUUCUCCCUUCAAGACCUCGAGAAGACUCCUUCACUUGCGGAUGGAUCACUGAGUGAGUCCAAACUCUACUCUGAGGAAACAGACAUUGUGACCCUUCAGAAGAAAGCAGAGAAGCUUAUAUCACAGAGCGAAUCCUCUCUCAGCAGUGUCGGUGCUGUAAGCUCUGAGGGCCUGGGAUCGUCGUCAUUGUCUAGCAUCUCAUAUCCGGGGUACGAUUCCUGCUAUUCAAAACAGCCCAUAACGCUACAAGCUCCUAGUACCCCUAUCCUGCACCCUCCAAUGACCUUAAUACAGCCAACUUUAAGAGCCCGUCCAGUUUUGGCACCAGAGGAAGACAUUUUGUAUCAGUGGAGGCUGCGCAGGAAGAUGGAACAAGCGAGGGAAGAACUCCCAACUUAUGGAAGGACACCAUCCCCUUCAGUCCGCAUUCUUACACCAGCCCCUGUAGUUCAGUCGGCAGAUCUGAUUGUUUCAGAUUACAGUGGACAGCCUCAAAUGCCAGCACAGGGCGCCGUUGUUCCCAGCCCAACAGAUAAACCUAGUAGAAUACUAAACACUGGCCCAUCAGGUUAUCCAGUUUGCCGUCCAGCUCUCUCCAUUCCUUCCAGCUGUCCUGUCGUCCCCCCUCACCUGCACCAUACAUGUGAUAUCCUUCCAUGUAUACAGCAUCAGCAACCCUCACCCAGGACACCAGAGAGAGACUCUAGCACACAGAAACUAACGCAGCUUCCAGGCCCUGCACAUUCUGCACCAGCUGUGGAAAGCCCGGAGCAGAGACCUGAACGGGAACCACAGAAUGUGCCCUCAAAAAAAACAGAUGACAAAAAAGAUUUGAAGAGACUGUCACGACGCCAUGAAAAGCGAGUAAAGUCUAAAGCACCGGGAAGCAAAAAGGCUGAAACUGGUCCGAUGGAAACAGUCCCUUUAAGACAAGGGAAGGCGGCUCCUCCAGCAUCACCAGUACACAGCAUCAUGGGACAGGUAAUCUCAGAAAGACUCUUCUCACCUCAAGCAUCUCCCAGAUGGAAGUCCGAAUCGGUACAAAGAGCCUGUCCGCCCGAAACAUUGGAAAUCGCUGCUCAACUUCUAGAGGAGGCAGAAGAAUCUGAUGGGACGGAAUUUGAGGAUGACCCUUUGUUGGGUGUUUUGCGGGAACAGAGAGAAAAUCUGAGAGUGAGACUACGAAAUGUGGAUCAAGUCCUCGCUGAGAUGGAGUCCAGCAGUCAGACGGAACUGUCACAGUUUGACUGAUUUUCAAUAUAUGUAACUGUAAUUGUAUUAUGUAUAUUCGGAACAAAUCACUUUAUUUA